CUACAUUCAUUCUUUCCAUCCUUGUAUCGCAACCCAUUUUUCAUAAAUAAAAUUUUGAUUUCAAAUUUGUGUUUUUUGAUAUCCCUUGUGGAAGAAAAGGAGUUAAAGAUUGAAAUAAUCUGAAUUCUCUUCGCAUUUUUUUUGAUUAUUUUUGACAUUAAGCUCCUUUUUUACCCAAAAUUUAGCAGUUUUCUUGGAAUAGUCCAGUGGAGUUUGUGCUGACAGGGUUAAAAUGGAACCCGGGGAUCUUUAUAAAGCUAGUAGUAGCUUAAGAGUAGGAAGUAAACAUAUGGGAAGUUUAAGAGCAAACGGUUCAUCAAUAUGGAGGAAUACUGGAAUCGAAGUUUUUUCACGUUCUUCACGAGACGAAGAUGAUGAAGAAGCUCUUAAAUGGGCUGCACUUGAAAAACUUCCAACCUUUGAUCGUUUGAGAAAAGGGCUUCUGUUUGGAUCAAAGGGUGCUGCAAAUGAAGUUGAUGUUCAAAAUCUUGGAUUUCAAGAUAAAAGGAAUUUGCUUGAUAGGCUGGUAAAUGUUGUGGAUGAAGAUAAUGAGAAAUUCUUGUUAAAACUCAGAAAUAGAAUUGACAGAGUUGGAAUUGAUUUGCCAACAAUUGAAGUCCGGUUCGAGAAUUUGAAUAUUGAAGCAGAAGCUUAUGUGGGAAGCAGGGCUUUGCCUACAUUUAUUAACUUCAAUAUUAAUAUGAUAGAGGGCAUUUUGAAAUCUCUCCAUAUAGGAAGUAACAAAAAGAGAACUCUUCCGAUCCUCAAGGAUGCCAGUGGUAUCAUCAAGCCCUGCAGAAUGACAUUGCUUUUAGGCCCUCCGAGUUCCGGGAAGACAACCCUUAUGUUGGCUUUGGCUGGAAAGCUUGACCCUGCAUUGAAGGUUUCGGGGAGGGUAACCUAUAAUGGACAAGGAAUGGAAGAGUUUGUACCCCAGAGAACUGCAGCAUACAUUAGCCAACACGAUCUUCAUAUCGGAGAAAUGACGGUUAGAGAAACCAUGGCUUUCUCUGCAAGAUUCCAGGGAGUUGGAUCCCGAUAUGAGAUGUUAGCAGAGUUGUCAAGAAGAGAGAAAGCAGCAAAUAUUAAGCCCGAUCCUGAUAUCGAUAUAUACAUGAAGGCAGCAGCUACAGAAGGAGAUGAAGCUAAUGUGGUCACAGACUAUUAUCUUAAGGUUUUGGGGCUUGAUGUCUGUGCAGAUAUUUUAGUUGGAGAUGAAAUGAUAAGAGGAAUUUCUGGAGGACAAAAAAAGCGUGUCACAACUGGGGAGAUGCUUGUUGGACCAGCAAAGGCACUUUUCAUGGAUGAAAUAUCCACAGGAUUGGACAGUUCCACAACUUUCCAAAUUGUGAAAAUGCUUAGACAAUAUGUGCACAUUAUGAAAGGAACCGCUUUUAUCUCCCUCCUGCAGCCGGCGCCUGAAACAUAUGAUCUUUUUGAUGACAUCAUUCUCUUGUCAGAUGGCCAGAUUGUUUAUCAGGGUCCUCGAGAACAAGUGCUCGACUUUUUCGAAUCCAUGGGGUUUAGAUGCCCCGAUAGAAAGGGUGUGGCUGAUUUUCUGCAAGAAGUGACAUCAAAGAAAGAUCAGCAGCAAUACUGGGCUAAGGAUGAGCCUUAUAGGUUCGUCUCUGUCAAUGAAUUUGCUGAGGCGUACCAAUCAUUCCAUGUAGGCCGAAAAGUUGGGGACGAGCUUUCAGUCCCAUUUGACAAAAGCAAAGGCCAUCCAGCUGCUUUAACUACCCAAAAGUACGGUCUUGGAAAGAAAGAGCUCCUGAAGGCUUGCGCUGAUCGAGAACUCUUACUGAUGAAGAGAAACUCAUUUGUCUAUUUCUUCAAACUCUUCCAGAUUACUGUAAUGUCAUUGAUUGCAAUGACUGUCUUCUUCCGAACUAAGAUGCACAAAAAUGAUGCCCCUGAUGGAGGAAUAUAUACCGGUGCUCUAUUUUUCAGUGUCGUUAUGGUUAUGUUCAAUGGAAUGUCAGAGCUUGCCAUGACAAUUUACAAACUUCCUGUCUUCUACAAACAAAGGGACUAUCUCUUUUUUCCUGCAUGGGCAUAUGGACUUCCCUCGUGGAUCUUGAAAAUCCCAAUUACUUUUCUUGAAGUUGCCAUUUGGACAUUUCUCACGUACUACGUUAUUGGAUUUGAUCCAAAUGUAGGGAGACUAUUCAAGCAGUAUAUGCUGCUCUUACUUCUCCACCAAGCAGCAUCAGCAUUGUUCAGAUUCAUUGGGGCAGCGGGUAGGACCAUGAUUGUUGCAAACACAUUUGGAUUAUUUGCACUUCUCCUGCUCUUUGCAUUAGGUGGCUUUGUUCUUUCACGAGAGGAUGUUAAAGGUUGGUGGAUAUGGGGCUACUGGGCCUCUCCUAUGAUGUAUGCACAGAAUGCAAUUCUUGUAAAUGAAUUCACAGGACACAGUUGGAGCCAACUUGUAAAUGGAACCCAAACAUUGGGAGCUGUUGUGACAAAAUCUCGAGGGUUCUUUCCCCAAGCAUACUGGUAUUGGAUUGGAGCAGGAGCAUUACUUGGAUUCGUAUUUCUGUUCAACUUAUUCUUUGUUCUUUCUCUAACAUAUCUCAAUCCUUUUGAGAGGCCUCAAGCUACUAUACUAGAAGAAAGUGAAGAUGAUGCCUCAUCUGAAAGGGCAGAUGCCAAUGAGAUUAAUCAGAACAAGAAAAAAGGAAUGAUACUUCCAUUUGAGCCACAUUCUAUUACAUUUGACAAUGUUCAAUACUCAGUUGACAUGCCAGCAGAAAUGAGAGCUCAAGGUGAUGCUGAUGAUAAACUGGUGCUCCUGAAGGGUGUAAGUGGAGCUUUCCGGCCUGGUGUUCUUACAGCUUUGAUGGGUGUUAGCGGGGCUGGUAAAACAACUUUGAUGGAUGUGUUGGCUGGUCGAAAAACAGGUGGGUAUAUUGAGGGAAAUAUCACGAUUUCAGGCUAUCCAAAGAAGCAGGAAACAUUUGCUAGGAUUUCUGGAUACUGUGAACAGAAUGACAUCCAUUCUCCUCAUGUUACUGUUCAUGAGUCCCUGCUUUACUCAGCUUGGUUGCGUUUGCCUAAAGAAGUUGAUGCUGAAACUAGAAAGAUGUUUAUUGAGGAGGUUAUGGAACUUGUGGAACUUACUCCCUUGAGAGGAUCACAAGUUGGGUUGCCAGGUGUCAAUGGUCUCUCGACUGAGCAACGCAAGAGGUUAACAAUUGCAGUCGAGCUGGUAGCGAACCCUUCGAUAAUAUUCAUGGACGAGCCAACUUCAGGACUUGAUGCUAGGGCUGCUGCAAUUGUGAUGAGAACAGUCAGGAAUACAGUAAACACAGGAAGAACAGUAGUGUGUACCAUCCAUCAACCCAGUAUUGAUAUUUUCGAAGCAUUUGAUGAGCUAUUUUUAAUGAAACGAGGGGGACAAGAGAUAUACGUUGGUCCUUUGGGUCAUCAAUCGUCUCAAUUGAUCAAGUACUUUGAGGAGAUUCAAGGUGUACCUAAAAUCAAAGAUGGUUAUAAUCCCGCAACUUGGAUGUUGGAAGUUACUUCUUCAUCACAAGAACUAAUGUUGGGGGUUGAUUUUACCGAAGUAUAUAAAAACUCAGACCUCUAUAGGAGGAACAAAGCACUUAUUAAAGAAUUAAGUGUGCCUCGACCGGAUACUAAAGACCUGUAUUUUGCAACUCAAUACUCGCAAUCUUUCCUCGUCCAAUGCAUGGCUUGCUUGUGGAAACAACACUGGUCAUACUGGCGAAAUCCACCUUAUACAGCCGUCAGAUUUUUGUUCACGACCUUCAUAGCCCUCAUAUUCGGGACAAUGUUCUGGGAUCUUGGCUCAAAAUGGAAUACACAACAAGAUCUGUUCAACGCUAUGGGUUGUAUGUACGCUGCUGUCAACUUUUUGGGAUUCCAAUACGGGUCGACAGUACAACCUGUGGUGGCUGUUGAACGAACCGUCUUCUAUAGAGAAAGAGCAGCCGGAAUGUAUUCAGCCUUACCGUAUGCAUUUGCACAAGUUCUAAUUGAAGUUCCAUAUGUCUUUGUACAAACACUUGUAUACGGUCUUAUUGUCUAUGCUAUGAUGGGACUGGACUGGACUGCUGAAAAAUUCUUCUGGUUCUUAUUUUUCUUCUUCUUCUCAUUGAUGUACUUCGUCCUCUAUGGAAUGAUGACUGUGGCUGUCACUCCUAAUCACAACAUUGCUGCCAUUAUCUCGUCUUUCUUCUACGCAAUAUGGAAUCUCUUUUCUGGCUUUAUCAUUCCACGACCUAGGAUCCCUAUCUGGUGGAGAUGGUAUUAUUGGGCAACUCCCGUCGCUUAUACCUUGUACGGUUUAAUAGUAUCACAGUUUGGAGAGAUUCAGGAUGUGAUGGAAGACAGUGGAGAUACAGUAGAACAAUUCUUGAAAGAUUACUUCGGGUUCGAAUACAGUUUCCUUGGAGUCGCUGCUGGUAUAAUUCUUGGUUUCGAUGUGCUUUUCGCGUUCAUUUUUGCCUAUUCCAUCAAGGCAUUCAACUUCCAAAGGAGAUAAGAUUGCCUUAAUUCCGAAAGAGCUGUUUUAGUUUCUCUCAUUUCUUUUAAAUCAUAGGAUCCUUUGGAUUAUGUGGUUUACUUAUAUAAAUUUAUCUUGUAACAUUCAAUUAAAUUAAUGUCACGUAUUUUUAAAUUUUUUGUAAUAAAAAUGGUUAUAUUAUUUCAUAGAGAA